AUGCAGCCACUCCUGCUUCUGCUGGCUUUUCACCUGCUUCCUGGAGCUAUAGCAGAGGAGAUCAUUGGAGGUCAUGAAGCACAGCCUCAUUCACGUCCAUACAUGGCGUUUGUUGUAUUACGACGUGAUGGCAUGUGGAAAAGGUGUAGUGGUUUCCUUGUGGAAGAAGAUAUUGUCCUGACAGCAGCUCACUGCUGGGGAAGCCCCAUGAGUGUCAUCUUGGGGGCCCAUGAUAUUGGGUUACAAGAAAAGACACAGCAGGAAAUUCCUGUGAACAAAGCCAUCCCCCACCCAAAGUAUAACAAUGUGUCUCUUAAAAAUGACAUCAUGAUACUACAGAUGAACACAAAGGCCCAACUGACUGCAGCUGUGGGCCUGCUCUCCCUGCCUGGAGAAAGUGACCACGUGAGGCCUGGGCAGAUGUGCAGUGUGGCUGGCUGGGGCAGGAUCUCUGAGAAUGAAACAACAAGCAAGCUGCAUGAGUUGGUUCUUAUCAUUCAGGGGGACUUCCAGUGUGAGCGCCAUGUGCUGGAUUAUGACAAGACCACUGAGUUGUGUGCAGGGGACCCUCAGAAACAGAUGUGUCCCUCUUUGAACUUUGUCAGCUGUGACGAAUUUCACUGGACUGUCGCCUCUACAGGGGCGCUUGUCGACCUUUACAACCCUCAUAACAGGUACCAGGCAGUGGUUGGAGUGAACAUCCCUGUCACCACACAUGAACCUACAUACUUCUUGUUGGAUAGAAAUAAGUGUUGGGAGCAAGAAGAGACAAAGAAAGAAGCUGGUCUCAAGUAG